AUGGCUCUCAAGCGCAUUAACAAGGAACUCACUGAUCUCGGCCGAGACCCUCCCUCCUCCUGCUCAGCCGGUCCUGUUGGUGAAGACCUGUUCCACUGGCAAGCUACUAUUAUGGGACCUAGCGACUCUCCCUACUCUGGCGGUGUCUUCUUCCUCGCCAUUCACUUUCCCACCGACUACCCCUUCAAGCCUCCCAAGGUUAACUUCACAACGCGCAUCUACCACCCCAACAUCAACUCGAAUGGUAGCAUCUGUCUAGAUAUUCUGCGAGACCAGUGGAGCCCGGCGUUGACAAUUUCCAAAGUUCUUCUGUCCAUCUGCUCGAUGCUGACAGACCCCAACCCGGACGACCCUCUUGUCCCUGAGAUUGCGCAUGUGUACAAGACGGACCGACCACGAUACGAGGCCACUGCUCGUGAAUGGACGCGCAAGUAUGCCGUCUAA